UCUAACAAAGUCCCUUCAGUAACACUUGUCAGCUUGUAUUCUUAUACACUAUCUAAUUCAUUAGCUCAUCAACCAAACAACUAUAUCCAGUGUCGGGUUCGAUAAAGCCGCAUAUAUACAAUGGCCUAUAAGAGAAAUCUAGUAUGUUUAUUCGCCAUACAGUUCUUGGUAUUAUUUUCAGUGGAGGACGUUCGAGCAAAAAUUUCUGCUAUCAUUGUUUUUGGAGACUCAACGGUUGAUGCCGGCAAUAAUAACCACAGGCUAACUAUCGUUAAGAGUAAUUACAUGCCAUAUGGUAAAGACUUCGAAGGUGGAAAACCCACCCGUCGUUGGUCUAAUGGCAGACUGUUUACUGAUUUCAUAUCAGAUGCUUUAGGAAUUAAGAAGUCCAUACCGGCUUAUUUGGAUCUAAAUUUCGGCAUACAAGAUUUCGCCACUGCUGUCACCUUUGCCUCUGGUGGAACUGGAUAUGACAGUUUAACUACAACAUUAGUAAAUGCCAUACCUCUAUGGAAGCAAUUGGAAUUCUUCAAAGAGUACAGGGAGAAGUUAACUAAGUUUCAAGGGAAAGAGAAAACAGCCGAAACAAUACAUGAAGCAUUGUACAUACUAAGCGUAGGAACAAAUGGUUUUAUGUUGAAUUACCUUCAUGUUCCUAUACGGGCACUGGAGUUCACCAUGAAGGAGUUUCAGAAAUUUCUAGCCAAGCGAGUUUAUCAAGGAUCUUUACAGUUUGGGUGCCCGAAAAAUAGCACUAGGUGGAUCUGUUCCCAUGGGGUGCUUGCCGUUCUCAAGAACUUUGAACAUAUUAUUAGGAAGAACAUGUGUGGAUCGAUAUAA